ACUCUUUUCAUUCAAAAAUAAUUGUCAAUUUUUAUUUUUUUUUUCAAAUUAAAGAUUUAAAAAUAAUAUUUGUAUUUGAUUUUUAAUUAGGUUUAUGGAAUGCAAGGAUCGAAACAAUCAUAGUGCUAUAAUGUUGCCAUAUUCAUUUCUCCCUUCAAUGGCAGCUGAAAAAUUGAGGAAUGCGGCUGACAAGAUCAAAGCACUUCUUCAUGACUAUGAUGCUAUCCAUGUGCGUCGAGGGGAUAAAAUCAAAACCAGGAAGGACAGGUUCGGUGUUGUAAGGAGCCUACAUCCUCAUUUGGACAGGGACACUCGCCCAGAGUUUAUCCUUCGUAGAAUUCAGAAAUGGGUCCUGCCUGGACGAACCCUUUUUAUUGCUUCAAAUGAGAGGACACCAGGAUUCUUUUCACCUCUAUCUGUCAGGUACAAAUUGGCUUAUUCAUCGAAUUUCAGUCACAUUCUGGACCCAGUGAUUGAAAACAAUUACCAAUUAUUUAUGAUUGAGAGGCUCGUCAUGAUGGGAGCCACAACAUUCAUCAGAACUUUCAAGGAAAAUGAUACAAGUCUCAGCCUCACCGAUGAUCCAAAAAAGAACACCAAAGCCUGGCAAAUACCAGUUUAUACUUUGGAUGGAGAGGGAAGUUGAGUAUACUUGGAGUUCAAGUUUUUGCAAACGGUUCAGCCUACUAACUGCCCCUUUUGUUGUGAUGCAUUCUGCAUACUACAAUCCUCUCAUGUGAAAAUACAAGUAUCUUGUAGCUGCUGGUUGAUAAUCCAUACCAAGCCGAAACUUGGAGAUGGAAUAUUUCAUUGGCGGAUGUAAAUUUGU